UUCUUCUCCGUUCCUUUUUCUUUUUCAAUUCCCUUUUCUCUUGCUUCUUCUUCUUCUUCUCUUCUCUCUGUUUCUGAUCUAUAAUGGCGUUCUCUCUUCUUGGUUCAAUGCAAUGAAUUCAUCCCCUUUCUUCGAUUAGUGUCAAGCUCGAAAAACCUGAUGACCCUAACCAUGGGUGACGAAAACACUGCCAAGGUCACAGGAAUCCGACACAUUGUCAGAUUACGUGAAAUGCUACACAAGUGGCACUCAGUCACUCUCGGGCAUAAAAGCGACAGAGGAGCUGUAUCUGCAGUUGCAAUCUCUCCAGUUAUCAACAGGCGGCUCAAGAGUCUGUCUAUAAAUUGGGAAUCUGACGAUGAGGGUGGUCAAAGCCCAGAGCCCCCAGUAGAUGUCCCAAAAGGGUAUAUUCCAGUUUAUGUGGGUAUUGAACGCCGUCGUUUUGUGAUACCAACUGCAUAUUUAGGGCUCCCGGUGUUCAAGUUACUACUGGAGAAGGCCGAGGAGGAGUUUGGAUUUGAUCAUGAGGGAGCUCUUACGAUCCCUUGUGAGAUCGAGACAUUCAAAUAUAUUCUACAAGUUAUGGAGCAGCAUCAGAAGGGGCUCAUCGAUGAUGAGGGAAACCCAACAGGCUUAGAAGAAUGAUUCCAAUUGGAUUUGUACACAGCUUCAACAAUCCAAAGGACUGAUGACAUCUCUGUUUGCAAUCAAAUUUGUUUGGUGACUAAAUUUGAUUUAGAUUUUUUAAAAAAUUUCACCAAAUAAUCUUGGUGAAAUUUCCGCAGAAUUAAUGAGCUCAGUGUUGAGCCAAAAGGGGAAUAAAUGUGGGUUUCAUGUAUUUUUAUUUGUCCCACAUCCCUCUGUUAGCUAAUCAUGUAAAACCUUGGGAUGUAUGUUCCGUAGCUAAUGAUUCUGUUAACAUGUGAUGCUUGAUCAAGAUGAUAUUGUCUUAUUGUUCCUUGUCUA